AGGCCAGGGUUGCGCGGGGCGGGAGCACCAGGGCUCCGGGGCCGCUGCUUUGUCCCCCGACUCGGGCAGGGGCCGCCGCACGCGCUAGGGACAGGGUCUGGGGGCGCAGGGAGGGCUGGCGGCGGGGACAGCAGUCCUUCCGAGAUCCUUCCUGCGCCCCCCGCGGGCUGCCUGGCGGGGGCGCGGGAGCCGGGCAAGCGGUGCCCGCAGCCAUAGCGUCCGGAGGCGCGGACUGGUCUGGGAGAGCGGGGCUAAGGGUAGCGGGGGUCCCCCGCGCUGUCGGGUCGGUGGCCAGGAUCGUCUCCGGGUCCCCGAACUGUCCCCGGCUCCCCCACCCCCGACGGAAAGUUUGGGGCGGGCUUGGACUGAGGCCGAUGUUGUGGGAUCGGAUUUCCCUGCCGCGGCCCCCAGCCCGCUCCGCUGGGGAGGCGGGUUGUCCUGGAAAGCCAAGCUCCCGACCCGAGCCUGACCGCCCAGUCCCUGGCGGGAGCGCCCGCCCUGCAGCCGCGGAAGCGCCGUUCGCGCCCCGCCGCUCGCGGUGGGCGAGGGUGGGGGGCGCACCUCCUGGGCCCCGCGCUCCUCCAGCCCCCACCGCGCCGGCUGCCCCUGCUUCCCCGCCCUGGGAGGAGCUGGGGGUGGGGGCAUCGCAGUGCUGGCUGAUUCCCCGAGCGCGCCGCGGGGUUCGGCCCGGGCCUAGGGGCAGCUGGCCUGGAGCUUAGAGCCGGGGCGUCUGCCAUGGCCCCACACUGGGCUGUCUGGCUGCUGGCAGUGGGGCUGUGGGGCCUGGGCAUUGGGGCUGAGAUGUGGUGGAACCUGGUGCCCCGGAAGACCGUAUCUUCUGGGGAGUUGGCCACGGUGGUGCGGCGGUUCUCCCAGACGGGCAUCCAGGACUUCCUGACGUUGACCCUGACUGAGCAGACAGGGCUUCUGUAUGUGGGGGCCCGGGAGGCCCUGUUUGCCUUCGGCGUGGAGGCUCUGGAGCUGCAAGGAGUGAUCUCAUGGGAGGCACCAGCUGAGAAGAAGGCCGAGUGUAUCCAGAAAGGGAAGAGUAACCAGACGGAGUGUUUCAACUUCAUCCGCUUCCUGCAGCCCUAUAACACCUCCCACCUGUACGUCUGUGGCACCUACGCCUUCCAGCCCAAGUGCACCUACAUCGACGUGCUCACCUUCACUUUGGAGCGUGGGGAAUUUGAGGAUGGGAAGGGGAAAUGUCCCUAUGACCCAGCGAAGGGCCACACUGGCCUCCUUGUGGAUGGCGAGCUGUACUCGGCCACACUCAACAACUUCCUAGGCACAGAGCCUGUCAUCCUGCGUAACAUGGGGCCUCACCACUCCAUGAAGACAGAGUACCUGGCCUUCUGGCUCAACGAGCCCCAUUUCGUAGGCUCUGCCUACGUCCCAGAGAGUGUGGGCAGCUUCACGGGGGACGAUGACAAGGUCUACUUCUUCUUCAGCGAGCGGGCAGUGGAGUAUGACUGCUACGCGGAGCAGGUGGUGGCUCGUGUAGCCCGUGUCUGCAAGGGAGACAUGGGGGGCGCGCGGACGCUGCAGAGGAAGUGGACCACGUUCCUGAAGGCGAGGCUGGUGUGCUCGGCCCCUGAUUGGCAGCUCUACUUCAACCAGCUGCAGGCCCUCCACACCCUGCGGGACGCCUCUUGGCACAACACCACCUUCUUCGGGGUUUUCCAGGCGCGAUGGGGCGAUGUGGACUUGUCAGCCAUCUGCGAAUACCAGCUGGAAGAGAUCCAGAGGGUAUUCGAGGGUCCUUACAAGGAGUACCGUGAGCAAGCCCAGAAGUGGGGCCGCUAUACAGACCCCGUACCCAGCCCGCGGCCCGGCUCGUGCAUCAACAACUGGCACCGACGCCAUGGCUACACGAGUUCUCUGGAGCUGCCUGAUAACACCCUCAACUUCAUCAAGAAGCACCCGCUUAUGGAGGAGCAGGUCGGGCCCCGGUGGGGCCGGCCCCUGCUUGUGAAGAAGGACACCAACUUCACCCACCUGGUGGCUGACCGAGUUACGGGGCUUGACGGAGCCACCUAUACGGUGCUCUUCAUUGGCACAGGAGAUGGCUGGCUGCUCAAGGCCGUGAGCCUGGGCCCCUGGGUCCACCUGAUCGAGGAGCUGCAGGUGUUUGACCAGGAGCCAAUGGAAAGCUUGGUCCUGUCCCGGAGCAAGAAGCUGCUCUUCGCAGGCUCCCGCUCUCAGCUGGCUCAGCUGCCCCUGGCCGACUGCGUGAAAUACCGCUCCUGUGCAGACUGCGUCCUCGCUCGGGACCCCUACUGUGCCUGGAGCGUCAACGCCAGCCGCUGCGUGGCCGUGGGUGGCCCCUCGGGGUCCUUGUUGAUCCAGCACGUGACGGUCUCAGACACUUCAGGCAUUUGUAAUCUCCGUGGCAAUAAAAAAGUCAGGCUCACACCCAAAAACAUCACCGUGGUGGCGGGCACGGACCUGGUGCUGCCCUGCCACCUCUCUUCCAACUUGGCCCAUGCCCGCUGGACCUUUGGGGGCCGGGACCUGCCCGUGGAACAGCCCGGCUCCUUCCUCUAUGACGCCCGCCUGCAGGCCCUGGUCGUGAUGGCUGCCCAGCCCCGCCACGCCGGGGCCUACCACUGCUUUUCGGAGGAGCAGGGGGCGCGGCUGGCUGCCGAAGGCUACCUGGUGGCCGUGGUGGCAGGCCCGUCGGUGACCCUGGAGGCUCGGGCGCCCUUGGAAAACCUGGGGCUGGUGUGGCUGGCUGUGGUGGCCCUGGGGGCCGUGUGCCUGGUCCUGCUGCUGCUCGUUCUGUCGCUGCGCCGGCGGCUGCGGGAGGAGCUGGAGAAAGGUGCCAAGGCGGCGGAGAGGACCCUGGUGUACCCUCUGGAGCUGCCCAAGGAGCCCACCAGUCCCCCCUUCAGGCCUGGCCCGGAGACGGACGAGAAGCUCUGGGACCCCGUCGGCUACUACUACUCGGACGGCUCGCUCAAGAUCGUGCCUGGACACGCGCGGUGCCAGCCCGGGGGCGGGCCCCCCUCUCCACCUCCUGGCAUCCCCGGCCAGCCCCUGCCUUCUCCGACCCGGCUCCACCUGGGGGGCGGGCGGAACUCAAAUGCCAACGGCUACGUGCGCUUACAGCUGGGGGGGGAGGACUGCGGCGGGCUGGGGCACCCCCUGCCCGAGCUCGCCGACGAACUGAGGCGCAAGCUGCAGCAGCGCCAGCCGCUGCCGGAUUCCAAUCCCGAGGAGUCCUCCGUAUGAGGGGCCCCGCCGCCUCGCAGGGGCUGCGUGGGAGGCGUGGCUCCUCUUUUGCACAGGCACCAGCUACCUCAGGGACAUGGUGCGGGCACCGGCUUGGCCUGGGACAGACCCCUCCCAGCCCCCGCCCGGCCAUGGGGACCUGCUCUGCUCAGCAAGGGCACUGCCACUUGGUGUGGCUCACCAGGGCACCAGCCUCGCAGAAGGCCUCUUCCUCCUCUCUAUGAGGGGCUGUGAAUCACAGACACACGGGACCCUAGCAGCCAAAACUUUCCAAGGCAGAAGUUGGAGAUGUGGGUGUGUUUGUAUCUAUCUGUAUGUGUAUGUGGGGGUGUGCACGUGUGUGUGACCUAGUCUUCCUUUUGUGUGUGUGUGUGUGUGUGUGUGUGUGAGAGAGAGAGUCUUCCUUUUUCUGUCCAGUCUUCCCUUGGCCUGGGGUCCUCCUGGUGAGUCAUUGGAGCUAUGAAGGGGAAGGGGUCGUAUCACUUUGCCUCUCCUACCCCCACCUGUCCCCAGUGUGGGUCAGUGAUGUACAUAUGGGGGUGGGCUGGGCAGGGUGCUGUGCCCCUUUUGGGGUGUCCAGGGCUCUGGGGUGGGCCUGGUCCUGCUCCUAGGGCUGUGAAUGUUUUCAGGGUGGGGGGAGGGAGAUGGAUUCUCCUGUGUGCUUGGGGCAAGGGGGGGAGGGGCCUCCCACUUGGCCCCGGGGUUCAGUGGUAUUUUCUACUUGUCCUCCCUUACCAGUCUGGGAAAGGUUGUGUGGGGGGAGGGGGAGGGAGGAGGAGGGAGGAGGAGAAAGGGUGGGCAUGCUGUGGAUAUUGCAUAUCCUCUCCCAGCCCUAGGGAGGGCUCUUAACAGUGUAACUUAUUGUGUCCCCGCGUAUUUAUUUGUUGUAAAUAUUUGAGUAUUUUUAUAUUGACAAAUAAAAUCAAGAAAACAGUA